UUACAAUAACAAUUCGCUAGUUUAUUCGCCGUCUCGUAUCUGCCAUUCACCACGCAACGCGACAACACCUGACAUGCAGCAGCAAGUGGCAACCUUUUGUUGCGGCGAAAACGGCGAAUAAGUCACAAGACCAGUCAGCUGAAUUUCGAUAUUUUUGCUAAAAACUAUUUUGUGUGCAAACUGCGCGCAACAUUCGAACAUAGCAAAUAGCAAAUAAACAGCCAGCAAAAUGACUACAGCACUUUAUUUGCCCGAGGAAAACAUUGAUAUGAUUGCUGCCACUUCGGUGUUGCAGCAACAAGCAGCCGAUAUUCGCACGCGCACCAUCAACUGGGCAUCGUACAUGCAAUCCCAGAUGAUCAGCCAAGAGGAUUAUCAAGCGAUUAGUGCAUUGGAUAAAUCACGUGCCGCCUAUUUGACUCAGAACUCCACACAGGUGGUGAAGACCCUGUUGAAUCUGGUGUCGCAUCUGUCCAAGGACUCGACCAUUCAGUAUAUUCUUGUCCUGCUCGACGAUCUGCUGCAGGAGGAUCGCUCCCGUGUCGAUCUUUUCCACGAAACCUCUGGCAAGCUGAAGCAAUGCGUCUGGGGACCAUUCUUGAAUCUGUUGAACCGUCAGGAUGGCUUCAUUGUCAACAUGUCGUCGCGUAUUUUGGCCAAGUUCGCCUGCUGGGGUCAUGAGACGAUGCCCAAGUCGGAUCUGAACUUCUACUUGCAGUUCCUUAAGGAUCAGUUGGCCACCAAUAGCACUGCCUAUUUGCAAGAGAUGGCCCAGCUGGCCAAGCGGGCGCAAACGAUCAUUGUGCACUCGCAUGGGCAGCAUGGUAAAGAUCAUCACGGCAACCAGUACAGUCCCAGCGUGGCGAUGUUGCAGCAACGCCACGAUCUGGCCAAUGAAACCUACCGUGACUUUGGCAACUCCUCGUCCGAUCAGCAGCAGGAUGGCAAAUGUGUUAUACCGAACAACGAAUACAUUCAAUCGGUGGCACGUUGCCUGCAGAUGAUGCUGCGUGUGGAUGAAUAUCGCUUUGCGUUCGUCAGCGUCGAUGGCAUUAGUACGUUGAUUCGCAUUCUGUCGACUCGCGUCAACUUCCAGGUGCAAUAUCAGCUGAUCUUCUGCCUGUGGGUGCUCACCUUCAAUCCCUUGUUGGCCGCCAAGAUGAACAAGUUCAGUGUUAUCCCCAUUUUGGCCGAUAUCCUCAGCGAUUGUGCCAAGGAGAAGGUGACACGCAUCAUUCUGGCCGUGUUCCGCAAUCUGAUCGAGAAGCCCGAAGACUCUUCGGUGGCCAAGGAUCAUUGCAUUGCCAUGGUUCAGUGCAAGGUGUUGAAGCAGCUCUCAAUUUUGGAGCAGCGUCGCUUUGACGACGAGGACAUCACCGCCGAUGUCGAGUACUUGAGCGAGAAGCUGCAGAACUCUGUGCAGGAUCUCAGCUCGUUCGAUGAAUAUGCCACCGAGGUGCGCAGCGGACGUCUCGAAUGGUCGCCGGUGCACAAAUCGGCCAAGUUCUGGCGUGAGAAUGCUCAGCGUUUGAAUGAGAAGAACUACGAGCUGUUGCGUAUUCUGGUGCAUCUGCUGGAGACUUCGAAGGAUGCCAUCAUACUGUCUGUUGCCUGCUUCGAUAUCGGAGAGUAUGUGCGUCAUUAUCCCCGCGGCAAGCACGUUUUGGAGCAAUUGGGUGGCAAACAGAUUGUCAUGCAGCACUUGGGUCAUGAGGAUCCCAAUGUGCGUUACGAGGCUCUGCUCGCUGUCCAGAAGCUGAUGGUACACAACUGGGAAUAUCUCGGCAAACAGCUGGAGAAGGAGAACGAGACCCAAAAACAAGGAGCUGCACCGAUUGCUGGCAAGGCUUAAGUCCUUUAAAGGCUGUACCGCCCCCCAAAAACAAAAAAAACACCGCACAGCUACCAUGUACAACCGUUAGCCAAGGUCGCCAGCCGCCUGAAAAACUUAACACUAACAAUAAAAAGUUGCGGGGACGUGUCAUUAUCGUUAGUUCCGUUUCUGCCUACUCCCCCCGUCUCCUUCCACGCCCAUUUAUUAUUAUCGUUUUCUUCUUGUUACCAUUUAAGCGCAUGUGUUUUUUAAACUAAGUUCUUAAACAAGUCCGUAGAAUGUUGAAAGAAACGAAAAACAAACUUUUCAGAUUGCUGCUCUUUUGUUGGCAUUCCGAAAAAAAAUCAGUAGAAAAACAAAUUAAAAUCAAAGAUAUAUAAAAGAAUCACAGAGAGAUAUUUUAAACAAGAGAUAUAUAAAAAAAAGAUAGAGCGCGAUCGAUUAGCCAAAUGAGAAAGAAUACAUAUAAAAAAAAAUGCUAUAUUAUUGUCUUACGUUUUUGUUGUUAUUAUUGUUUAUAUAUAUGUAUGUGCUAUGCGCAGCUGUACAGAGUUUGUCUCACGAUUUUUACAAGAAAGUCUAUAGAAAAUUUGUAUUAUAUAUUCGCAUCGCCGCACAUGUAAAACCUAUCAAGUAUUUCUUUUUCUUAAAGCAAAAUAUAUGAAAAAACAAAACAAACAUUAAAAUAAAAUGCAAUAUUUAAUUAAAUGUUAUUAAGCGUCUUUGUGAAAAUCAUUCAAACUUGAAUCACGACUAAAUAAUGCAUUCAACUGUUAUUCAAAUGUAUAAAACAAAUAUACAUACAUAUUAUAAUACAUGUAAAUGAAACAAUAAAUAUUACUAUUUAAUGUUUUUGAAAGUAAAUUGCAUCUGUUUUGAAUUUGCGGGUAAUCCCCUCGUAAAAGAAGCUUUGAAAGCUUUCUCAGUGCUUUUCGAAAGCUUCUUCCCUUUGAAAAAAAUAAGACCUUCAAUUGGUUUUUGUUGUUUUUUGUUAUUUAAUUAUAUUGUUGUUCAUCUCGUGGUCGUUACACUUUUUAAAAUAAAAUUAAAUAAUGUAAUUGUCCUAUUUAAACUUUAUAAUUAACAUAAUUGUAGUUUCUGUAUUUUUCUUUUGCGUUUUUAUAUAUGUAUGUAUUAUGUAGAUUGUUUUGUUUGUUGUUGUUGUUGUGGUGAUAUCGACCGUAAUACAGAAUUAUCCUGUUUGCUAAGGUGGUGUCUAGAUUUACUUGGUGGCCGAUUUCAGAUAGGCAAUCAGAUCACCGCGCUCAUUGGGCUUCUUCAGACCGGCGAAGAUCAUCUUGGUGCCGGGGAUGUAUUUCUUGGGGUUCUCCAGGUACUCGAACAGUGUGUCCUCGUUCCAGGUGAUACCCUUAGCCUUGUUGGCAUCUGUGUAGGCGAAACCGGGCGCCUGGCCGGUCUUGCGACCGAUCAGACCAUGCAGGUUGGGACCGACCUUGUGCUUGCCACCGGCCUCAACGGUGUGGCACUGUGCGCAACGCUGCACGAACAGCUUCUUGCCCUUCUCAACAUCACCAGCUGGAACGCCCAUUAUGAAAGUUGUAUUUGUGAUGUGUUAACACCGACUCGA